AUGAUUGACCCAAGAUCAGAAGCUGCAAACAACAUCAUUAUGGAACCGAUGAAUCGAUUGCCACGGGUUGGUUGCCUAAUGCCUUUACUGUCGCUGGUACUGUUGCUACACAGCGGUUCUGGGAGCGGCGCUAAAGUAACGGACCAUGAUCGUGUAGUAACGUGUUAUAUCUCCACCUGGGCGGUAUACCGUACCGGCAGUGCAUCCUAUCCGCUGGAUGCGUUCGACCCGACCCUCUGUACCCAUGCCAUUUACGCGUUUGCCGGUUUGGAUGAGGAGAAAAAUGCUAUCAAAUCACUUGAUGCUUGGCAAGAUCUGAAAGAUAACUAUGGCAAGGGAGGUUACGAGAAGCUGACGGGGAUGCGUGCAGCCCAUCCUCAUCUGAAGGUUCUGCUAGCCAUUGGAGGUUGGAACGAAGGUUCGGAGAAAUAUUCCAACCUUGCGGCCAAUCCCGAACGGAGACAAGCGUUCGUGAAGAAUGCGCUCGACUUUAUCAAGCAAUACGGAUUCGAUGGACUCGAUCUGGAUUGGGAAUACCCGACCCAACGCGGUGGUAAGCCUGCGGAUCGCGAAAACUUUGUAGCGCUCGUGCGUGAACUUAGCCAAGUGUUCCGGAAGAACAAUCUGCUUCUAACGUCGGCGAUCGGUGCGGGAAAAGAAACGAUCGACGCAGCGUACGACGUUAAGCAGCUGUCCAAGUAUCUUGACUUCCUGCACAUUAUGUGCUACGAUUACAACGGCAGCUGGGAUGGCCGGAUUGGUGCUAAUGCACCACUUACCAGCCGUGACUUCCUGAACGUGGAGUACUCUAUCGAGCAUUUGCUUGGGCUCGGGGCACCGGCCAGCAAGCUUGUGCUGGGUCUUCCGUUCUACGGUCGCACAUUCGUCAGCACAAUAGCUAAAGCACGGCUCGGUGAUACGUCGGAUAAGGUCGGGUUCCCCGGACCGGCCACCAAGGAGAACGGCUUCAUGGGCUACAAUGAGGUGUGCGAGGAGCUGAAGCGUAAUCCAUCGGACUGGACGCUCGAAUGGGACGCGACCGCAUCCGAGAUGGUAGCGAUCAAAUCGAACGGCUCCGUGUCGCAGGUCGUCGUGUACGAUAGUACGCGCUCGAUCGCAAACAAGGUACGGUUUGCGGUCCGUCAAAAGCUGGCUGGACUGAUGGUAUGGUCCAUCGAUACGGAUGAUUUUAAUGGGCUGUGUGCAUCGGAGGAGGACACGUACAAAGACUUUGGCGAUCGAGAUCGGGUGGCACUAUCGAUUCCUCCGCCGGUUAGUGGAAAAUAUCCGCUACUAAAGACGGUCAGCAAUGCCGUCAUCGUGGCGUUGGAUGAGCUGACGCAAGAGAACGUUAUCCCACACGAGCCGGACGAGACGCCGGCGGCAGGUGGUUCGAGUACGGGACAAUCGUCGGGCACCACAUUGGUGUCCGUAAGCUGGCUGCUGGGUGUGGUGUUGUGCUUAUUGGGUAGUGUACAUUUCUCAACCGUAGCGUAG